CACCCACCCACCCUAGCAUUUUAGUGGAAGAUCAUACUAGUCCGUAGCGCGCUCACCUGAUGAUGUCGCCGUGGGUGCGUUCGUGUUGCUUAGCUUCUCUGGCGCUGGCCGUUUGGGCUGUUUUUGCAGUGGAGAAGCACCGGCCGCGUCUAAUGCAAGUGCGACGUAGUCGACCUGACCUGAUCAAAGAAGACAAUGGUUAUAAAAACCCGGAAAGCCCAGUCUGGCUGCUUCACGCUUUUGCUUGUUAUUCACUAGUAUCACGGUCUCUCUUGGAUAAAAGAACCCUUGCGGACUAUUGAUUUACUGAAACUCUUUCUCUCUCUCUCUCCCACACACACUCUUUCUUUCAUCGCGUCCUCACCGUUGUAUAUACUUUCUUAUUUUCCUUUACUUGACUCCACAAUGUAUGCCAUGUCUGCAAUGAGCCCUCCUAUGCUUGAAUGUCCCCCAAUGGAACACUCGUACUCCACCAGCAGUGAAGAGUCCAUGCAAUCGACUCUGGGAUACAUGGGCCACCCGUCGUUGUAUGGGAUGGUAGGGACGGAGAUGUCUUUCGUCCAGCCCACAUACGAGCCCUCAUCAUACGACUCGACACCCUUCAGUUCUCCCCAGACGGUGGCCUCGUCGACCUUCGACAUGUACUACCCCAGCAACAACAACACCUUCACGGCCUCGCCCAUGGUCUAUUCGCCCGAAGCCUACUCGUUCCACCAGCUUCCAAUUCCAGCGUCUUCGUUCCCGGUGCCCAAUAUAGAGUGGAUCCCCACCCAAUCCAGCCCGAACCCGGAAGUUGUUUACUCUCCCGUUGAAAGUUACGAGACCCUCGACGCGUCCAAACCCUGCAGACCCGUCAAGCCCUACACCUGCGAGGACUGCAAUAAGGCGUUUACUCGGCCAGCCGAUCUGAAACGUCACCAGACCAGCGUCCACAAUCCUGUCUUCCAGGACUGUCCCGUGCAGGAAUGUCUCCGCAAGGAUGGCAAUGGGUUCCCUCGUCGGGACCAUCUGAUCGAGCAUCUACGCUCCUUCCACCACUGGGACGUGCCCAAGCGGCGGGCAGCCAAGCGGGCCAAGACA